GUCCUUCGUGACCACUCACAACCAACAACACUGCAGGCGUUAUGGCGACGUACACGCGCAUGGUGCUUGAGGGCAAGGAUGAAGCGUUCAAGUGCGUGGAGGCGGCAGUGCCGGAGCUGAAGGACGGCGAGGUGCUUGUGCGCGUGGAGGCGUGCGGCGUGUGCCACUCUGAUUCGCUGGCAAAGGACGGGCGCGCCGGCGUGCAGUAUCCGCGCGCACCGGGCCACGAGGUGGUGGGGAUUGUGGAGAAGCUGGGCCCAAACGCGUUGCGGUUCAAGGUCGGCGACCGCGUGGGCCGUGGCUGGCACGGCUCCCACUGCUUCCAGUGCCAGUCGUGCCUGCGCGGCAAGUUUAUUGGCUGCGACAACACCGUCAUCACGGGGCUGCACGUCGAUGGAGGCUACGCCACGCACAUGAUUGCGCCGUGGGAGUCCCUAGCCAAGGUUCCCGAUGGCAUGGCACCCGAGGUCGCUGCGCCACUGCUCUGCGCAGGGCUCACCAUGUUCAACAGCCUCCGCAACACGGGCGUCAAACCCCCAGCGACCGUUGCCGUCCAAGGCAUUGGCGGCCUGGGACACCUCGGCCUCCAAUACGCCGCAGCCAUGGGAUACAACGUGGUGGCGUUGUCGCGUGGCGUCGACAAGAAGGAGCUCGCGUUGAAGCUUGGCGCAUCCACCUACAUCGACACAACGCAGGAAGACGUUGUGGCUGCGCUUCAGGCCAUGGGUGGUGCGGAUGUCAUCAUGUGCACCGCAUUCAACAGCGACGCCAUGUCUGCCCUCACAGAUGCGCUUGCCCUCGAUGGGCAGCUGAUUGUGCUCGGGGAGAGCCCAGAGCCCAUGAAAGUGGCGCCAGCAACGCUCCUUGGAAAGCGCCGCCAUAUCCGCGGAUGGUCAUCGGGUGUCCCCAUCGAUGCAGAAGACACGCUCACGUUCUCCGCCCUCCACAACAUCCAGCCCAUGGUGGAGGUGUUUCCUCUCAGCGAAGCCAACGAAGCAUAUGCACACAUGCUCUCGAACAAUGCCCGCUUCAGGGUCGUGCUCAAGCCAUAGCCCUCGCGCUCUGUGUGUGUGUGUGUGUGUGUGUGUGUGUGUGUG